AUGAAUGAUGAAAUUGAUCAGAGACUUCAUGUUUAUGAUAGCUUUGUGAAGAAAUAUCAAGAUGCUAUUGAUAUUUUCGACAAGUUGUUCAUUAUAAAAGAAGAAAAUAUCUCAGAAAUUGAAAAGUUAAUCAAAGAUGUUGAACAAAUAUUAUUCAAGAAGUACAAGUUCACAGUCAAAGAUGUUAUUAAUGCAAUUGACACUGCAUUCUUUAUAAGGAAAAAGUAUUUAAAACUAUAUUGGACAAUUUUGAAUUUAGUCAUUGACAAAUUUCAUACAGAUAAUAUAUCAGACUAUAUUUAUGAAUUAGUUUCAGACGAAUUUAAAGAAUUAUAUCGAACAAAAUUCGAAUUUUUAGAAUAUAAAUCAUAUGAUCAAAUUUUUCAUGAUAAUUUACCAAAAAGUAAUAUAGAUUUAUCAAUUCUGAAUGAUGAUUUAGAAAGUUUGAGAUCAUUUAUUCCUCCAUCAGAUAAUGAAGAAUUAAUGAAAACACAUCUAUUAGAAGAUUGCUGUUUUUAUGGUUCAGUUAACUGUUUUUAUUUCAUAUUGCAAAACACUAAUGCAUUAAUCAAUCGAAGAUGUCUUGAAAAAUCAUUUAUUGGAGGAAACAAUGAUAUCAUCAACGAGUGUUUGAAAUAUGAGAAACCUACCGAAAUUUGCAUGGCCAACGCAAUUGGAAGCCAUAUCAUCGAAAAUGUUUUGUUUUUAGAGAAUAAAUAUGGAUUAAAAGUUGAUUCCGACACUGCGUCAUCUAACUAUAACUUGCAUGCUUUUAUUAUUGCAAUUGAUAGAAACAUAGGUACAUCCAAAUGCAUUUCAAGCUGUUUGGCGAGUGGAAUUCCAAGUUUAAGUGAAUUUCUAAUUGAAUUCAAUGCAGAUGUGAACGCAAAAAAUGAAAAUGAAACUAUUCCUCUUUAUUCAUCAAUUGAUCGAAACGAUGAAGAAACAACAAAUUUACUUAUUGAAUAUGGUGCAUAUUUAAAUAUUCCAGAUGAAUACAAUAAUUUACCUUUAUUUCAUGCAGUUUAUGAAAAUAAGAUUCAAUCUGUUAAAGCUCUUCUUGAUAAUGGAAUUGAUAUUAAUAUGCGAAAUCGACAUGGUAAAAGUCCUAUUCAUUGUGCCGCAUGUUUUAAUCUUACUGAAAUGAUUUUAUUUUUAUUAGAAAAUGGAUCAGAAAUCAAUUCAAUAGAUGAUUGA